AUAAACGGCGUCGUUUAUUUUCUAUUCUUCUUCUUCUUCUUCUCUGAGAAAGCCUACACAAAUGCCAAAGCCCUAUAUCACAGUGGGAGACGCCAUGAACAACCUAACCUCACAGCCAAGCCAACCCCAACUCCUCCAAACCCUAAUCAAAAUCCUGACCUCGUCGAACACCCAACUCGAUUCCUUGACGCCCUACGUUCCCCAGCUGACCCAACCCAUACUCCACUCCCUCCUCUCCUCCAAAACCCUAGCCUCACGCCCCAACACUCUCCUCUCCUUCUUCAAGUUCCUCCAGUCCCACUCUCCUUCCCUCGCUGACUCCCCUCACACCAUCCUCUUCAUCCUCCCAUCCCUCUUCGCGCACAACAAGUUCUCCGACGCCAAGUCCCUCCUCGUCUCCUUCAUCGCCUCCGAUCGCCAACACCAGCUCCACCGCCUCAUCCUUCAUCCUACUCGCAUGCUCCCCAGGCCCUCCCGAGCGCUUCUCGACACUUCCAUUGGCGCCUACGUUCAGCGGAAGCAACCCCACCUCGCCGCGCAGAUUUUCAAGAAGAUGAAGGGGCUGCGACUUCCUCCGAAUUUGCUCACUUGCAACACUCUCCUCAAUGCCCUGGUAAGACACCCGUCUUCGUACUCCAUAUCGUUGUGUAAGGACAUCUUUCAGGAUGCAGUUAGGCUAGGUGUCAAAUUGAAUACCAAUAGUUUUAAUAUUUUGAUAUAUGGGUACUGUUUGGAGAAUAAGUUUAAGGAGGCUUUGGAGUUGGUGGGCAAGAUGGAUGAGUUUGGUUGUUCGCCGGAUAAUGUGAGUUAUAAUACGAUAUUGGACGCGUUUUGUAAGAAGGGGAGGUUGAAUGAGGCGAGGGAUUUGUUGAUGGAUAUGAAGAAAAGUGGGUUGUUACCGAAUCGGAACACAUAUAAUAUAUUGGUUUGUGGGUACUGUAAAUUGGGAUGGUUGAAGGAGGCGGCAAAGGUGAUGGAGUUGAUGACGCGGGAUAACAUGUUGCCGGAUGUUUGGACUUACAAUAUGUUGAUUUGGGGGUUCUGUAAUGAGGGUAGGGUUGAAGAAGCUUUGAGGCUGAGAGAUGAGAUGGAGAAUUUGAAGUUGUUGCCGGAUGUGGUCACUUAUAACACGUUGAUUGAUGGGUGUUCCGGGCGGCAGGGAAGUUUGGAUGCGUAUAAGUUGAUUGAGGAAAUGGGUAAGAGAGGAGUGAAGCCGAAUACAGUUACUCACAAUAUAAAGAUUAAGUGGUUUUGUAAGGAAGGUAAAAUGGAUGAAGCAAGUGAUGCUGUUCAGAAGAUGGAAGAAAGUGGGUUUUCUCCCGAUUGUGUUACCUACAAUACUUUGAUAAAUGGGUAUUGUAAAGCAGGGAACAUGGAGAGAGCAUUUGGAAUGAUGGAUGAGAUGGGUAGGAAAGGCUUGAAGAUGGAUAGUGUUACCCUUAAUACCAUUCUACACACACUUUGUGGGGAGAAGAAGCUUGUCGAAGCAUAUAAAUUGCUUACUAAUGCUAGUAAGCGUGGUUAUAUUCUUGAUGAGGUAAGCUAUGGAACUUUGAUGAUGGGAUACUUUAAGGAUGGAAAGCCAGAAAAGGCCUUCGAGGUUUGGGAUGCAAUGAAGAAGAAAGAGAUCCUUCCCAGUAUUGUCACCUAUAACAUUAUAAUCGGAGGGCUAUGCCAAUCUGAAAAAACUGAUCAAGCAAUAGAGAAGUUGAAUGAGCUUUUAGGGAAUGGGUUUGUCCCAGAUGAAAUUACAUACAACACAAUCAUACAUGGUUACUGCCGGGAGGGAGACAUUGAGAAAGCAUUUCAGUUCCACAACAAAAUGGUUGAGAAUUCAUUUAAGCCAGAUGUGUUUACAUGUAAUAUUCUUCUUCGUGGGCUUUGUAGAGAGGGUAUGCUAGAAAAGGCUCUUAAGCUUUUCAACACAUGGAUUUCAAAAGCGAAAGCCAUUGAUGCAGUUACUUACAACACAUUGAUAUCAUGCCUAUGCAAAGAAGGGAGACUUGGGGAUGCUUUUGAUCUUCUCAAUGAAAUGGAAGAGAGGAAAUUAGGGCCUGACCAGUAUACGUAUAAUUCCAUUCUUGGUGCACUUACUGAAGCUGGUAGGAUUGAGGAAGCAGAGGAGUUCAUGUCAAAAUGGGCUGAAAUUGGAAAACUACCUGAUCAGUCCUCACAAAUGGGCAAGGGGCAAGACGUUGUAACUCAUGAAACUCUGGAGGAAUCUGAUUCUUCUAUUGCUUAUUCCGAACAGAUCAGUGAGCUGUGUUCUGAAGGGAAAUACAAGGAUGCAAUGCGCAUUUAUGAAGAAUUGACUCAGAAAGGUGUCACUGUUCAUAAAUCAGCCUUUUUUCAUUUGAUGGAUGGGCUGAUCAAGAGGAGAAAGAGCACAUCAAAGGCUGCCCGACUGUAGUGAGCCCUUCAGCUGUUAUGGGCAAUAUCAAUGGUGGCGGUCUCAUCAACAUGUUUUCAAUUGCUUUGCACAUGAUUGGGGCGGAUUUCAGUGUAGGUCAUGCCUUGUCGAGAGGGAGAUCUCUUUGCUUGUUGGAGAGGGAAGUUUGGCAGCCCUCAAAGUGAAGGUGUCUGGAAGAUGAUUCUGUUAUGCUUGAUGUGGUGUAUUUGGAGAAAAAGAAAUGACUAGACUUUGAAGACAGAGAGAGGACGGUGGAAAUGAUUUCUAUAUUGUUUGACACAUGAUUGGAAGGCAAUGGAACCGCAAGAAGAGGUGUUGCUGGUAUACGAUGAUGAUGCCAAGUUCACUCAACAAAAGGAUAUGGCUCAAUGUGAAAAGGAGCUGAUUGGAUGAUUUGAUGUUCGUUCAAGAUUUCACUUGAAAUAGAGAGAAGCCAUUUCAUGGUCAGGAUUUAAUAUUAUUGCAUCUAACAGUGUAAAUUUAAAUGAUGUGCCAACAUAAUUAUCACUUGGCAUCAGAUACAACUGUUAGAUAUAAUAACAUUAAAUUCUGACUAUAAAAUAGCUCAUUUCCAUUUCAUUUGAAUUCGAAAUGGAGAGGAUUCUAUACCUGUUCAAGAUGAGACAUGUCAUGCAAUGUUGAUUGCUUGGUGAGAGGGCAAAUGAUGAUGACUGUCUAGCCAAGAAUGGGGCUAGUUCCAAAAAAUGGGAACCUUUGUUGCUAGAUAUUGACACAGGAGAAACUUCUGCACAAUGUUCAGGUUACUAUGCUUGGCACAAUGAAGAGGAGAUUUCAAAUUUUCAAUAACAAUAUAAGAAAAGAACCAUCUCUGCUGGAAGAAUUCAAAAGGUUAAAGUAUUUGGGCUGGGCUUGAAUUGACAUAGUAUGAGUAAUAAGAGAAACAUGUAAUUAAUAGUUGGGAUAAUUGCAAAAUCAAUCUUUGCAGUUGUAUCGAUUUGCAAUUAGCUUCUUAUCAUAUAAAAAGAAGUUGGGAAUUUCUCAUGGUAUGAAAAGGGGCAAA